GCCAAAGAAAUGAAACAGCAUAUUUAUACUACACAUGAAAUCAAAGGAGAGAGAGAGGGAGAGAGAGAGAGAGAGAGAGAGAGAUUAGAUUGAGUUCAUUAGUCCUAAUUGAAUAAUCAAUUUAAGAGUUCAUCCAAAGAGAAAUUAAUAUUUAAGAAAAAAUAAAUAAAAAAUAAAAAACACGUACAGAAAACGGAGUCUCCGAAAUUUCCCAAUUCUUUGAAGAACUUGCCCUAAUUACCCGUCCCAUUUCCUCUGGUGGAUCGCCACCGUCGCCGGCCAGACAACGAAGCCGUGACGCUCCCUUGCCGGCGGUGGUCACUCUCACUUUCCGGCGACUAAACUGUACAAAGGAAGAAGAACCAGAGCAAAAAGAAGAAGAAGAAAAUACGCUUUUGCUUCGUUUUCUUCAGCUCGUUGUUUCAACCUUCAACAACUUGACGAAUCGAACAGAGUCCUGGAAACAGCCGGACUAGGUUUUGCUCCAUCGGUGUUAUGGAGAUAUCAUUGUUAAAAAUGAUUGUUGAUGGGAUAUCCUCAUUUUUGCAUAUAUCAUUUUCUGGAAACAUGAACACUGAACCUGUCUCAAAGUAUUACUGCAAGGCAGAGGAGAUACUUAAGUUAUUGAAGCCAAUUAUUGAUGCGAUUGUUAAUUCUGAGUUAGCUUCUGAUGAAGUGCUUAAUAAGAUAUUGGAAGAAAUGGGUCAUGCUGUUGAUGAAUUAAAGGAUCAUGUUGAGAACUGGCACCUAUUGUCUAGCAAAGUGUACUUUGUUAUGCAAGUUGAACCCCUAAUAUCAAGGAUUCGCACUUCAGGGCUUAAUAUUUUCCAGCAGCUGAAGUCUUCUCAGCAAUGUCUCCCCGAUGAAUUGAGUUCUGAACAUUUACAGCUCUGUGCUCAAAAGCUUAAGCUUUUGGGACAUGAAGAGACCUCAUCAGUCAUUAAGGAAGCUAUUACAGAGCAAAUGGAAAAUGUAGGACCCAAUUCAGAGGUCCUGGCAAAAAUUGCUGAUAGCCUGGGCCUAAGGUCUAAUCAGGAGGUUCUAAUUGAGGCUGUGGCUCUUGAAAGGUUGAAGGAGAAUGCUGAACAAACUGAAAAGACUGCAGAAGCUGAAUACAUUGAUCAAAUGAUUGCUGUUGUAACUCGUAUGCAUGAGCGUCUUGUUAUGCUUAAGCAAGCCCAGAGUUCCAGCCCAGUUCCAAUACCUGCUGAUUUUUGUUGUCCUCUUUCGUUGGAGUUGAUGACUGAUCCUGUGAUUGUGGCGUCAGGGCAAACAUAUGAGCGGACUUUUAUCAAGAACUGGAUUGAUCUUGGGCUUACUGUUUGUCCAAAGACACGUCAGACUCUGGCUCACACAAAUUUAAUACCUAACUAUACUGUAAAAGCACUAAUUGCUAAUUGGUGUGAAACAAACAAUGUACAGCUGGUUGAUCCCGCCAAAUCCACAAAUAUAAAUCAAGCAUCUGUCCUUCAUGGGUAUAUGGAAUCUGGUACAACCAGAGAAUCUCCUGUUUUUGCUCAUUCCAGGAGCAACCAGCCAUCCUCACCUGAGUCAGCUCGGUCUCGCUCUUUUAGUUCACCAGGUAAUAACAUAACGUCUGGUGGAAUUCAGAGAGAGGGAUCCUCACCAUUGCAUCCCCGUUCAACUUCAGAAGGUUCUUUAAGUGUUAUGGUUAAUGGGCAAUAUACAGAUCCUGUAAGAAUGUCACCUGCAGGUUUGGACGAUAGGUCUGCUAGCUCAGAUGAAAGCAGUGUGGAUUCAGUUGGCCAACCAUCAAUGUCACCACCUAGAAAGGAAUCGUCCAGUGCCAUUAGCUCUGUACAAUCUCAAACCCAUAAUAGAGCUGUUUCUGAUUCCAGUGCACUUUGCACUGCUAAUUUUCCUCAAGAAACACAAGGUGAUGAUGACAAUGUUCCUCAGCUGUCAACAAGUCCAGGCCACAGUAGAGAUGCUUCUGGUGAAUUAAAUCCAGGGCCAGAGACUGCUGGUGCUGCUGCCAUACCAUCUAUGCAUAGAGAACAUGAGUUCCCACCCCGAUUGAUGGAGACAAGGUCCCGAAACCAUGCCAUAUGGAGGAGGCCAUCAGAGAGGCUUGUUCCUAGGAUAGCAUCUUCUCCUGCCAUUGAAACAAGACCUGAUCUUUCUGGUAUUGAAAACCAGGUUCGGAAUUUGGUUGAGGGCUUGAGGAGCUCUGAUCUUGAUACUCAGAGAGAGGCUACAGCAGAACUCCGCCUUCUUGCUAAGCACAAUAUGGAUAAUCGGAUUGCAAUUGCAAACUGUGGAGCCAUUGUCUUAUUAGUUGAUUUACUUCGAUCAACAGAUAUUAGGAUCCAAGAAAAUGCUGUUACUGCACUUCUCAACUUAUCAAUCAACGAUAAUAACAAAAGUGCAAUUGCAAAUGCUGGUGCAAUUGAUCCUCUGAUUCAUGUGCUUGAGACUGGGAGCCCAGAAGCCAAGGAGAAUUCAGCUGCCACUCUUUUCAGCUUAUCUGUGAUUGAGGAAAACAAGAUUAUCAUAGGGAGGUCAGGGGCAAUUAGACCAUUGGUGGAUUUAUUAGGAAAUGGAACUCCUAGGGGAAAGAAAGAUGCUGCUACUGCUUUAUUUAAUUUGUCAAUAUAUCAUGAAAAUAAGGGUCGGAUUGUGCAAGCUGGUGCUGUGAAGCACCUUGUGGAGUUAAUGGAUCCGGCAGCUGGAAUGGUUGACAAAGCAGUGGCUGUCUUAGCAAAUCUUGCCACAAUUCCAGAAGGAAGAAAUGCAAUUGGUCAGGAAGGUGGGAUUCCUGUUUUGGUUGAGGUUGUCGAGUUGGGUUCUGCCAGAGGAAAGGAAAAUGCAGCAGCAGCUCUUCUGCAUCUUUGCUUGCACAGUAACAGAUUUUUAAGCAUGGUGCUCCAACAAGGAGCUGUCCCACCAUUAGUAGCAUUAUCACAGUCAGGCACCCCAAGGGCCAAAGAAAAGGCCCAGACGCUCCUUAAUCAAUUUAGAAGUCAAAGACAUGGGAAUGGUGGGAGGGGCUGAUUUUGAAUUCCCUACCUCUUGUGGUAUCCAAAGGUUUUGAAUUAACUCCUAUAGAAUCUCUCCCAUUUAUACAUUACAGGGUGCAAAUAAUGUGUGUAAAGGUGUUUUGUAUUGUUUUCACUUGCAUGUAAAGGGAAAGAAGAAAAAUAUUUGUGGAGGAUUGAUUGUGUCCUCCAAGUGAGAAACCUUUGUGAUGUAAGAAAAAUUACACAUGUAAGUCUAGCUUCUGUUUUAACAAAAGAAUGUCUAGCUUUUGUUGCUGUGCUAGGGCAUGAUGGUUGUGGACAAAUAAAAUGAUGUGAUUUAUUUGGUGACCCCUUACUGCCCCUUUCAUUGAGAUACGGAUCUAGGUGUUAUGUUCAUGCGUGGAUGAUUUUAAAACAGGCAUCGCAAGCAUCAUGAAGACAACAUGAUUAUAUGAUACCCUCUUUAGAUAAAGUUCUUGCCGUCC